GUCAAAUCCUACCAGACGAUGUUUAUCGUCUAUGAUUCUAUUCAUUUCGUUCAUGUUUCCCUACACCAUACUCGUUCUUCCAUCGAUUCUUGGCUUCCAAAGCUAUGGUUACCGCAUCAUGUUCACCCUAUCGGCCCUCGGAGUAACCAUUCUCAUCGCCAAUCUGUAUUACUGGUUCUCGGCGGUAUCCCAUUACCUCGGUGGGCUUCAACAUGACUGGGGAUGUGCGUCCCAAUUAUUCAAUUGGGUGACGAUUCUUCCAUACCUCAUUGUUAUAAUGCUGUUUGAUGCCGAGAUCUCCGCUUUUUCCAUUACCUCAACUCUUAUAGCGCUUAUCCUCCUCUUCCCCGUUUUGGAGUUUCCAUUCUGGAUCCUGGUAGGGAGUGGGAAAAACAAAGAUCAUCUUCACGUCUAUGGGAAGAUCCAUGACUGGAUCACCGUCGAAGUGGGAGGCCUCUUGAUGUUAUUAGUAACAGGUGUUCUCGACCUUGUUCUCAACCUUGUUAAGCAAGCCAGCGAAUGGGUAAACCAAGCCACUAAUUUGGUGGUUGAGGUAAUCAUAGCUGUCAGGAACUUUCUCCCCCGCCUGAACCAACCGCCCAAUCAGCAACUCGAGACUGCUGGUACGGAACAGCCACCACCUUAUUUGGGAAGUACCAUCCAUUUUUGGCAUCGCCCUAUUAACCAAAUCUAUAAACAGUUCGAUUUUCAUUCUCAUUCCGUAUCUAGUAGCUCUUCCUCCGACGUGAUAGCAGAGGGUGCGGCGAAGGUCUGAUUCAAAGUCGCUCUAUUAUUUAAUAUUUAAUACUACCACACAUUCAUUAAUGUAUUACACCCUAUUCUGUCUCCUUUAAUGCCCUCUUUUUGCAAUUGUACACCACCUUUUUCAACGUGUCUUCUGAACUCCACAUGCGCUCGCUCAUUUCUUUCCUAACUAAACUCUCACACCAUGGCUUCGACGUGCUCUUUCACGGCGUUGUAGGAUCCACAAUACUACUCUUGGGCCCUAUGCUUUGGAGCUGAAAAAAGGUUUCGGAAGAUGGGUUUGUGCACUAUCCUCCAUCGGUAACGCCGCUCACGCAGCAAGUCCCCGGCUCCGGCUCACUUGCACUU